AUGUUGGCGCACGUGUAUGGUGGUGUAUCAAUGACAGUGAGACCUUAUCUCUCACGUCAAAAGCACAACACCAUGGUUGCGGAUGAUUGCAAGGUGCAUGAGCUGAUAUAUUCUCCUACUGGUGUGGCUCCUAGCAUGGAGGAAGAAAUCAAAGAUACAUCACCAAAAAAAGACAACCUCGUAAGUUCUCACAAAGGUGGCUCCUCAAGAAUCCCUGGUCCCUCUAACCCAGUGAUCCGUGUUGGUGAUAACAAUGGUUUCGAGAAUGUGCUUCAUCAACCAGCCAAGAACAGUAAUGUUGAUGCUGCUCAUAGAUUUAAAAAAGCUGAAGAAUCUCUUCGAACUGUCAUGUACUUGAGUUCUUUGUUGGUUGCAACCACUGUUGGAGUAGUGGAGACGUUGAAGGAUCAAGGGUAUUGCAAAAUGAACAACACUGUGAAGUCUGUGACUCAACAUGCCAAGAACCAAAUAGGGUCGGCAACUCAGGCCAAGAAACUGGCUUCUCCUUCUUCUUCUUCUUCUGCAAUUUCAAAUAAGCUGAGAGAUGAAAAGAGAAGGAAGGCAGAGGAAUCUCUUAGAACAGUCAUGUAUUUGAGUACUUGGGGUCCCAAUUCUUAG